UAAAAAAGUGACAUUAAGAUUAACAUAGCCUCAAAAUUAAAUGGAGUUGUUUAUUAAUUUUUAUGCAACAAUUGUGAAACAUGGUAAAUGUUAGAAAAGGGAUAUUAGUUGAAUGCGAUCCUGCUAUGAAACAAUUCCUUCUGUAUCUGGAUGACACUGAAAAGCUAGGAAGAAAAUUCAUACUUCAAGAUCUUGACGAGACACAUUUAUUUAUAUCAGUUGAUAUACUGGAAGAAUUAGAAGCUAAGGUUGAUGAACUUAUGGAUCGUAUGUCAUUUCCAUUGGCUGACAAAGGAUUGUAA